UUUAAAAGAUAGUUCUACUCAUAGAAGUAGAAUUUAGAAAUGAUGAAGCAUGUAGAUUUAAAGUCAAUACAGGUACUGUCACUGUGACAGCAGGUUGUUUUGGACGGGUGUGACACCAACGACGGCAGUACAUCUCGCUUGUUUUUAUUUAUUUUAGGUUGAGGAAGUGUUGGUUUUUCACUCUGACAUAUAACUAUCAUUGCAUAGUCAACAAUGACCACGAAUAAUACGGAAGAACAAGAACGGUUGAAUAAUAUUUCAAAAAGGGUUAAUAAAUUGUUGGAAUCAAGAGUGGAAAAUGAUAAGGAAACUCUAAUGGCUCUCAAAGAACUUACUACUUAUUUCCCAGAAAACACAAUUCAAUCAAGAAGAAAUCUCAGGACCAAAAUUGAAAAGAAGAGCCUAUGCAUUAAUGAGAACUUUUUAAAAGAAUUUCGCAAAGUGAAAGAACAUCUGGAUAAUAUUGAGGCAGAUGUGAACCAAAUGUGUUUAGCUGUCAGUAAUAUGACACAGCAGCUGAAUGCAACAAAGGCGCAGACCCAUCAACUUAUUGAGCAAACUACAAAAUUACAAGCAGAGAAUGAACAGCUGACAAUACAAGAGAAAGUGACAAAUGCUUUUAUUGCCAAAUUCCAACUGACACCGCAAGAGCUUACUGUCCUUAGAGAUGGAGAAGUAUCAAUUGAAUUUUUUGCUGCUUUGGACAAAGUUAAAGAAAUUAAUAACAAUUGCUCAACUUUGAUGCUAAGAGGUCAACAGACAAUUGCACUGGAAAUUAUACAACAAAUGACACUAUUUCAUGAAAAUGCAUUAGAUAGGCUGUAUCGAUGGGCUCAGACACAUUGUAAAAGUUUAGAUCCUGCCACAAGUCAGUUGUUUUCUACUGCCAUGUCAAAAUUGCAAGACCGGCCAACUUUAUUCAAACAUGUAAUAGCCGCUUAUUGCACACAUCGGCGAUCGGUCUUGGUGCGAGAAUUUCUUGAUUCAUUGACAAAAGGAAGCAAAGGAAAAGCACCCAUUGAGAUGUUUGCCCAUGAUCCACAUAAUUAUAUCGCAUCAAUGUUGGCAUUUUUGUAUGAAACUGUUUCAUCAGAAAGUCUUACUGGCCUGUUCAAACAAUGUGACAAAAUAGAUGUUGCCGAGGAAAUGCAGGAAGCCUUAUCUAACAUAUCUGAAGGCGUUUGUACCCCUCUUCGAGUUAGGGUAGAACAAGUCGCCUCAACAGAUGACCUACCAUUAAAGACACUUUAUAGCAUCACUAAUCUUGUUUGCCAUUACAAAGCCCUGCUUGUGCAGAUUUUAGGAGAAAAUGGCUUGGUUCGGGGCUUAAAAGAAAUUGAGGAAUGGUGUGUUGAUAAAUUGCUAUUAAGGCUUGGAAAUGUAGUUAAAAAAGAAGUUGUUGAGAGGGUCUCUGUUCCUCCAUCUGGGCUGAUUCCUUCUCAAGGGAUUGAAACUUUACUUUCGCUUUUAAGAGAUCUGCUUACUAAUCAACACCUGCAGCACAUAGACAAGAUUGUAGCAGCAGUUCUUGAUCCUUUGCUUCAAGCAGUUAAUGUCAGUGCAUCCAGGCUUGAUACUGCAGAUAUGGCUGUUUAUUUACUCAAUUGUUUGCACUUAAUGCAGAAUACAGUCACUUUGUAUGAAUUUAUGGAUGAACGAGUGGAAAGGCUACAAGCACAGUGUGAUGCUCAAAUAGACACUCUGACAUCAGAGCAGGCCAGCUCUCUUGUCGCUAACUUGAACCUUGGCCCGAUAUACACAAUAUUGCAACACGAGCAAGGAAAAGGAGUACCGCUGUCUCAAAUUCCAGGAAUGCAGCCUUCAUCUUUAAACAAUUUUUUUGUUAAAUUUGAAAGAUUCCUUGCUAGUCCGAAUCUUCUAGCAUUGCCCCAAGUUGAAUGCCUUUUAAGCAGUUCCCAUAGGGCUCAAGUUUCAAAAAGAUCCACUGAAGUCAUAAUAGCCUUGUAUAAACAACUCUACAACUGUUUGCACAACCCUGAAAAUGGUUAUCAGAACCCAGAAACACUGGUUCCACACACUCCGGAUGAAGUGGCUGCUAAGCUAAAUCAAAGAUUUGGGUCACUCCAGCAUUCAGCAGAACAAAUUGUGUAAAAUCUCAUUGGACAUUUUAAAGUUUAUUUAAAAAAAAGAAAAUGCGCUUUUACUAUUUAUAAUUGUAAUCACGUAUUAACACUUUGACUGCGAUAAAGACAAGAAAAUUAUGUACAGCUUAAAAUAACCAGUAGAAAUUAUGUUGGAGUGAGAUUUUAUAUUGCCUAAAUAAAUAUAAGUUUUAAAAUUAUA